AUGCCUUUGAAAUGGCAAGCAAGUGUCGCGAAAGCCCAUGAUGUUGCUUUGAGAGGUCGGUGUCUACACGUGGCUGGCACGAAUGGCAAGGGCAGCGUGUGCGCAAUGAUGUUCGCUGUUUGCAAACACGCCGGCUUACGAGUUGGUAUGCUUACGAGCCCACAUUUGCUGGAACCCUUGGAUGCCAUUUAUUUGGCGGGAAGCGGAAAGAAUUUGCCAAUUGAGCCAAAGAUGUGGAGAAUGCUGGAAGAUGAAGUUCAGAAGGCAUGUUGUAUUGGUGCUGGCUAUGCCUCUGAGUCUGCGGAAGUUGCUUUGACCGUUUUCGAGCUUCAAGUCGUCACAGCCUUGCUUUUCUUUGCACGGCAGCAGGUGGAUGUGGCCAUCAUUGAAGUUGGCAUGGGAGGGCGAGAUGAUGCUACCAACGUUUUGCUGGAGCCUGCCGCCUGCUGUAUUACGAGCAUCGCGCUCGAUCACGAGAAGUUUCUGGGCCCCACCCAUGAGGAGAUUGCGAAGCAUAAGGCUGGAAUCUUUCAGCGAGGAAGGCCAGCCUUUGUGGCCACCAACGGCAUGUCAGGGAGCGUGCAACAAGUCAUUGCGGAAAUUGCACACUCGGUUGGUGCACCACUUUCUUGGAUCCCACCUGCAGACUUGGGACAGAGUCCAUCCCAUGGCGCGCGCCCACUGGCUCAGUUCCUGCAAGUGAAAGGCUUCAGCCACAUGCUUCAGGUGCCGCUGUUGGGUGAUUAUCAACGUUCCAAUGCUGCUUUGGCGCUUGCGCUGCUUCUGGAGCUUCGUUCCAGCAAGUUGCCCUUGAAAAGCCGACCAGAGAUUUUGGAGGGCCAGCUGGACGAUCUCACCAUUGUAGAGGGCUUGAAAGCCACCGCGUGGCCUGGUCGCUUGGACUGGCGGCAGCUGGAUGACGGACGAAAGAUUUUGCUGGACGGCGCUCAUAAUCCCCAUGCAGCCAAAGAGUUGGGGAGCUACGUUGCGCAUUUCGUGAGACCUCAACCAGUGCAAUGGAUCAUAGCCCUGAGCUAUGGCAAAGAUGCCAAAGGCAUUCUGCAAGAGUUGCUCCAAGAUGAGGACUCCCUCAUUGCUGUGAGCUUUUCCAAGGUGGAGGCCAUGCCGUGGGUGCGUCCCGAGUCCCCUGCGGAACUGGUGAAGCUUGCUCGGGAGGUAAGACCUACGAUACGAGCCAAAGAAGCAGCCACCUUCCAAGAAGCAAUUGGUGAAGAAGUCCAAAAUCCUGCCAGUGUAAAGCCACAAAUUGUGAUUUGUGGAUCAUUGUAUCUAGUAGCUGAUGUGAUUGCAACCCUGCAGUCAGAAGCCCAAUGGGCAUGCUGA